CUUCACUGCAACCAGAAAACUGCACGCCGCUGCCCUCUCAUCUCUCACUCUCUGCCUUUGGAUCGCCCCGACUCGACUCGACCCGACCCGCCACUCCAGACGACAGUCACCACAAAAAACUCGCAAUCUAUUCUCUGUUUUGGUACCUGAAUGCAUUGACAAACUUGGUGAAGCAAGAAUCAAGAUUUGGGUUCUCAUAUGUGAUAAAAUGGAAGUUCAACUCCAUCAACAUAAUAGCACUUUUAAUUUACUUAUAUUGGAGCCAUCAGCCAAGCUAGCGUGUUUAAGUUCCUCAGACAAGCGAGUCUUUCAUGAGCCGAUCUUGAUCCUACAGGCAGUGUUUUGAGCCGAACUCACAAGCGGAGCUCAAGUAUUAUCAGGCUCGGGCUCGGUCACAUCUCUAAUCUCAGCUCUUUUACGUGAGAAUCCAGUUAGGUUUAAAUCAGAAAUGAGACACCUGAGAUUAACGUUUCGAGGCGAUCUGAAAAGCUUUCAAACUAGCUCUCUCGUUUAAUCCACACCUUCAUGAAUAUCCUCUUACGGCGCCACCACAGUUCUCUCGCGCCUUUUAACCUCCAACCCACCAUCGAACACGACAUCAUUUCCCUCUGCAAGAACAACCUACUUUUUGACGCCAUACGUCUCCUAAACUCCAUUCAGUCCCAUAAACACGUCACCAAAAAACCCAUCCUAUACGCUAUUCUCUUACAGACAUGUACAAAGUCCAAUUCUUUCAAUCAUGGUCUCCAGCUACACUCCCAUGUUAUCAAAACUGGACUCGAAACCGACCGCUUUGUCGGCAACAGUCUCCUUGCCCUUUACUUCAAGCUAUGCUCUGAUUUCACCGAAACCAAACGGGUUUUCGAUGGACUUUAUUAUAAAGACGUUGUCUCCUGGACUUCUAUGAUUUCGGGUUUUAUUCGCGUUGGAAAACCUUUGUUUUCGCUUGAUUUGUUUAAAGAAAUGAUGGGUAUUGGCGUCGAACCAAAUGGGUUUACAUUGUCUUCGGUGAUUAAGGCGUGCGCGGAGAUUGGAGACGUAAAUCUCGGUCGGGGAUUUCACGGGAUUGUCGUUAAACGCGGUUUUGAUACCAACCAUGUGAUUGCGAGCUCCUUGAUCGAUAUGUAUGGGAGAAAUUACGUUUCCUACGACGCACAUAAGCUGUUCGAUGAAUUGCUUGAACCAGAUCCCAUUUGUUGGACUUCGGUUAUUUCCGCCUUUACUAAAAACGAUCUGUUCGAAGAAGCGUUGGUGAUAUUUGUCUCAAUGCUGCGUAAGCAUCAAAUGUCUCCGGAUGGCUUCACGUUCGGAACCGUAUUGAACGCUUGCGGGAACUUAGGACGGUUAAACCAAGGUAAAGAAGUUCAUUCUAAGGUCAUUACUUCCGGAAUUCACGAUAACGUAGUUGUUGACAGCAGCUUAGUUGACAUGUACGGUAAAUGCGGUUCCAUGUAUGAAUCUCAAACGGUUUUCGAUAGAAUGGCAUCACCCAACUCUGUUAGUCGGUGUGCAUUGCUUGCCGGAUACUGCCAAAAGGGCGAUUUCAAUACCGUUGUUGAGCUAUUCAGAGCGAUGAAUGAGGUCGAUCUUUAUAGUUUCGGAACCAUAAUUCGAGCCUGUGCGGGUUUGACAGCUUCCAGACACGGAAAAGAGAUUCAUUGCCAGUAUCUAAGGAAGCACAGGUGUCAAUGUAUCGUUAUAGAGUCGGCUUUAGUCGAUCUGUAUUCAAAGUGUGGUUGUGUAGACUUUGCUUAUCGAGUUUUCAAACGUAUGCAAACUCGAAAUCUGAUAACUUGGAACUCAAUCGUUAGCGGGUUUGCUCAGAACGGUCAAGGUGCAGAUGCUAUUCACAUGUUCAACGAUAUGAUAAACGAGGGGGUCAAACCCGACAGCAUCAGUUUCAUCGGUGUGCUUUUCGCUUGUAGCCAUGCCGGUUUGGUUGAUGAAGGGCGCGAAUACUUCACGUCAAUGAAAAAUAAGUAUGGAAUUGAAGCUAAAAUUGAGCAUUAUAGUUGUAUGGUUGAUCUUUUAGGGCGUGCUGGACGGUUAGAAGAAGCUGAGUGUUUGAUAAUGGAGUCGAGUUUUAAGGAUGAUAGAUCUCUUUGGGCGACGCUUCUUGGUGCGUGCGCUACUGGUACUAAUUUUGUUGCGGCGGAAAGGGUUGGGAAAAAGAUGAUGGAUUUGGACCCGAGUUAUCAUUUGAGUUAUGUUCUUUUAGCUAAUGUUUAUAGAGCGAUCGGACGGUGGAAUGAAUCGGUGAAGAUUAUUAGGCUUAUGAAAGAUAGAGGAAUUCAUAAAGCACUUGGCAAAAGUUGGAUUGAUAUAGAUGUACUACAAAACGUUUAAUUUUUUUGUCUAUGGUUUAGGGUUUAGGGGUUUUGUUCAGGUGUUGCGCCAUUAUGAGUCAUUACCCGGGUAGAUUUGUUCGACUAGUUGAAUAUCUUGUUUGCUAAUAACUACCCUGAAGAAAAUCAUGUGGAUCAACUUGUAUCUCAAGAAGCAAAAAGUCCAAACUUGUAUACGUUAUGACUUUGGUAAUGGCAUGAAAAGAUGGUGAUCAAAAGUUGGUUUUAUA